AUGCAGCAAGAGAAUAGAAGGAAGCGGAUUCCAGGUAUCCAUUCAUACCUAGCGGUUAUAGGAGAGCUGAGGCAGGAGUUAGGGAAGGUGACUGCAUCGAUAAACGACCUUCGUGAUAAGAUAUCAUCUAUUUAUAAGCAAGAAAGAGAGAAUUCGCCAAAGAACGACCUUUAUAAGAAACUGGAUGAACUAGGUAGUGAGAUAAAGUCAUUGAAGGAAGAUAGGUCUAAGGCAUUUAAUUCCAAGAGCGAGGCAUUGGGAGCAUAUGAGACCAUCAAGGGAGAGGUCCAGCCGGAAAAGGGAAAGAAGAUGAUGAGUGCACAGGAGAUUGACAAUCGUAUGAGAGAGAUAAACCUUAAAUUGAUUUCCACCAAGUGUGAUUCCAAAAUGGAAAAGAUGUUUGAGUCGGAGAUUGAGAAUCUUAGAAAACAGAAGAAGAACAUUGGGGUGCUAGAACAAAAGAGUAAACUCGCUUUAGAUAUGAAAGCCAAGCUUGAUGUGUUGAAUAGUGAAAUUAAAGAUUUGAGCCAAAGGAUAGCUGAAAAGCAGUCUAUUGUAGAUGGAAUCAAGGCUGAACUGAAGGAGAUCAACGACCAAGAAAAGCCUAAGAAUCCCACGAUCGAGGGAUAUGAGAAGAAUAUUCAGGCACUCAAGAGUAAGAGAGGUGAACUUUCUGAGAAAAUAAAGGCGCAACAGGAGAAAAUUAGGGAAAAAGAAAUUGAAUAUGACAAGUUUUUGGAAGAGAUGGCUAUUGCACAAGCACUUGAGAAGCAAAAAGAAGAGAUAAAGCAGAGAAUAAGUGCUCUUGAGGAACAAAAAAAUGCUCUUUCAAAAGAGGAAUCAAAGCUUAAUCCCUCAAAAUUUGAUUCUAUCAUAUUUAGAAUGGGGUCUCUUGAUCUAUCUGGAGAAAAGGUUAGUCUUCCUGUCGACUUGGCUCUCUACUUGAGUCAGCACAAGAUCCCUAUUCCAACAUCUCCCGGUCAAAUGAAUCCAACAAUCGAGGUCCUCAAGUCUCAAAAGAAAGACUUUGCAAGCCAGGUGGUUGAGAAGAGAAAGGAAUUUGAAAGCAGAAUUUCUGAUCUAGAAAGAAAGAUAUCUGAAGAGAGAAAAGUUUUGACGGCCAUGCCUCCUACUGAUGUAAGGGUAUUGAAGUUCAAACGCGAUUAA